GUAGUAUGUUGUAUUAAAAAGGAAUUGGAUAGGUGUUUACUUCUUUUUUGCACUACGGUUCUUGUAAUCUGUAAACUCGGUAGGUAACAGCGCAUGCGCUCUUAUCCCUCAUGGACCAAAAUUCAAGUGUUACAAAAUAAGUACAGCGUCAUUGUGCUUUGUGUAAAAAAAUACUAAAUACUACAAAUGAUGUCGUGUGGGGCAGAAUGUCUGUCCCUUGGCCCACCGCCGGAUUCAAUUAUGCAUAUGCCUCCACCGCCUCUACCGGCCUUCCUCGCCAACAUGGCCAAUUUGACGCCACCCUGCAGGGCUUCCAAGUGUCCCCCACUGCUCAAUAACGAAGACAACUCAAUGUUUCCCGGAGUUGAGUACCACGAGUUACCACGACAUGAACCAGCUGCGUCUGACGAUACAUGGUUCCUGGUGCUUAUUACUUGCUGUAUUGCAGUCCUCUGUAUUGCUGCAGUUUUGGCGAUUUUUUUACUGAAAUGUAGAGAAGCACGCGGAGGCUGUAAAAGCGGAACGGGUAAAACGAGCGGAUCCAAUGCGCUCUAUGGUAGUGCUGCCCUUGACUCCCGAGUAUUGUGGGCUGCCCUCACGCCAAGAGGAACUCGACACUUCGUCGCCGAUACCUACCCACACGACGAAACUGAGGACCAUCAUUAUGAAUGUGUCGAACCACCUCUAUACAAACUUGGACCGCCAGAAGAUUUAGCCAUCACUAGACAUUACACCGUCGAGUACGAAGACCCUGCUCCAUUAAUCGAAAGUUACUCCGAUAGAACCGAAGAAUACUUCAGGAAUGGUAUGGAUACACUUCGUCGGGGAAAUAGACCACUAGUUUCAUCUCCUACCAGAAUUGAAAGGCCCAAUUUGCCGCCAUUAAAUUUACAGCCUAGAACGUUAAGACGGCCGCCACAUUCCCGCCGUGUAAGUGAUGCAAAUAACUCUGAAAAAUCGGCUAUCUGAACCGAAAAUGGCGCGGUCUUUUCCGUCGCCGAUUCAACCGACAUCGACUAUGAAUGGUCCAUCGAUUCUAAUGUUGAUAGACUUGUCUAAAUGUCUUUGAUCUCUUAUUUCUCACUUUUUUUUUAUAUAAAAAUCAUAAUGACGACAUCUUUGGCGAAAAUAUUUGUAUUUUGUUACAUUAGAUUAUUUUAUUUCGAUUAUCUGAAGAAAAAAAUACUUUUCCUUAUGCAUAAGUAAAUAAGUAUGUAUUUUUUUUGCAACACAUUCAUCAACCACAACAAUAAAUAGCAAUUAUUAUAACACUUAACCUAAGCAUUUUCAACGCUGCUGAAUAUAUGUGGAUCUUGCCAACUGGCUGCUAGCAAAAAGGAACCAAUCAGCACUGGCAACAUUAUAGGUUAUAUUAUAUAGAUAUAUUAUUAAUGUAAUAAUAAUAAUUAAUGUAAGUUAACACCCUAGUCUAAUUUUCAACUAGUCACGCUGGCUUAUAAUAUAUAUUGUUUGCUAGAUAAGUAAGUAGGUAUCUACUAACAAGUAAUGCUAUUUGACUGUUGUAAGAACAAAUAAUAUUUAAACGUGUAACUAGCUAUAAGUAUAUGUGAAUUAUUAUUGUGUAAAUAGCCAGGUAUUUAUUUAUUUUGUAUUUAUUUUU